AUGUCUAACAGUAAGGAUCACGAUAAGCAUAAACCAAAAAGUUUACCGUCCGAGGUUUUGUUAAAGGCGCGAAGUACACUUUUCGCGCUCGGUGGUGCCCUGAAGUCUAGGCAGGAGCCGCAAAGGAAACAUUCAAAGCAAGAAGCGAAGAGUAAGAAAAAUCAGGAGCGAUUGAAGAGCUGUAGGUCGGAGCCGGAGUUUAGCGACAUCCGUAAAGUUAAGCACAGGAGUCGCAUCGAUGAUCUCCCGCGCGAGUAUGUGGGGACAAGACCCAGACCUCUCUCCGUGGGGGCGAUGAAACGCUACGAAGACGACGUGGAAUUUCACUGUGGAAGUUUCCCAAAAGACGUACCUUUAGCGCGGCAAUUCGAUUCUACAGAUGACGUAUGUGUGCAAUCGCGACUUGUGAUUCCGAUUAUCGAAAGAUUUGGCCAAGAUGUUCAUAUGCAAGAUGUUAAUGAAAGACCGCGUAAAAAACUUUCCUUUCGUGAACCUGAAAUAAUUGGUGGUGGCAGCGCUACAUUAGGUCGUUCUAGUAAACUAAUGGGUGUUAACAGUCUUACGAGAAGACCUAAUAGAAUAUCGUUACGAUCCGAUACACAUUCGAACUUGGACGGUUUGGAUUCUGAUCUCGAGAGUCAAGCGAUGAGGAUUGUGCGCACGGUCGGUCAAGCUUUCGAAGUUUGCCACAAGAUGCAGGAAAACACUCCUGAUAACCCUGUACCUUCUACCUCCUCCGCAGCUGACAUUGUACAAGUUGAACACACUAGCGAAGUCCCAGCGUCUAAAGAGCCAGUCUCAGAAUGUGGUGCAUCGGAAUCGGGUGCUGCUUCCACUUCCAAGGAGGAGCCGAAGCCUGCUCAAAAUAGACCAAAUCACUUGGAUCUCCUGCCGCCGCCGCCCAGAAAGGAGGGGAAACGUACAUCUCAGCGCUCAACUCCAGUGCCGAGUAUCAAUCUACCAGAGUUACCUGAAUGCGUAACGAAAGUGGAGAUGGCAAGUGUUCCGGAGGGAGAUGUUGCAACACCUCUCAGCGCACAACAUCAGUUGCAACUCCUGCGCGAGCGGCUCGAGCAACAAGCACAACAAACACGGGCAGCGGUCGCGCAACUGCUUCUGUUGCGUGACCAGCUCGCCGCGGAACAAGCAGCGCGUUGCGAGGCCCAAGCCCGUACUCACCAGCUAUUGGUUCACAACAAAGAACUGUUGGAACAUAUCGCUGCACUCGUCGCUCACCUGCAAGAGAAAGAGAAGGGUAGCAGUCGGCCAAUCAGCGCUCAACAACUGACACUUUUGCCGCAGGUGCGCAACGAGGCGAUAAAUUCGGCCAUGUGCAAUGGAAACUGUCAGCCAUGUAGCAACGACGCUCUGAUCAAUUUCUUCACACCGAAUAACAAAAUAACUCAGAAUGUUGAAAAUAACAACGUAAAUCUAUCACCUUUCUGUCUCACCCCGACCGCAGCGGACAAGCCAAAUGGACCCAACUCGGCGCCAAACUUUGGUAGCAUGACUAAUGAUCAGAUUCAGAAUUACUUGAUAUCGAAAUUUCAAGAUAUGGCCUUCACCAACGGUAAUGAAACGAAAACGAAUCAGGGCAAACAAUUUUACCAAAAUUCUAAUGCAUUUCCUCACAUACCACCACUGACUAACCAUUAUAGUAACUCUGAUCUGGCGAGCCUGUUAAAUCACCAGGCUUAUAAUGACAAACUUAGUUCCGGCGACGAAAUGGGCGUUAUAGCUCAAGCCAUGAGUAUCGGACAAUCCCAGAAUUCAUUGUAUAGCCACACAACAUCCAAAGACUCUUCUCCUGACGGCACGAGUUCUGAUGAUGGUAUUCCAUUUAUAAUGCCGCUUUCGCAUAAUGGAACACUAACUGCAACAGGAAAUGAUGGCCGCGUGAGGCUCAUCGUGCCUGUGAGCCCAUCAGACAGUACAUCGGAUAUUGGAGAGCCACAGAACGAAGCUAAGGGAAAUCUAGGAGCGACUCUCAAGGUGCCUGGAAUGGAACAGUCUCUGGCACCAGCAGCACCGAUCACCCGUUCGACCAGCGAAAAAGUACCGAACAGGAGUGAAAUGAUGACGGCCUUGCGAUCUCAAUGGACCCGGCAUACCACCAAGUAGACAUAUUAUCUUAGCAAAUUCCAGUUACCUAUGCUAAUUUUAAGUUACCUUAAGUUUGUCAACUAAUUAUCACACCAUUAUUCAAUUAUUUUGUUUGUAAAGCUCAAAAUUACGAAUACACCACAUAGCACACAGAAUAUAUUCGUGGUCGUACGUAAGAACAGGUUGUAACCCAGUUUACAUAUCAA